AUGCUGGCUUCACACUUUAGAGGCACAAACAGGUUCCUUAUCUGUGGAGCCUGUGGGAUAUUGUGUGCCAAGAAGAGAACUGGAUUAACAAUGGUCCUGUUUUCAGCCUGCUGUAUCUGUGCACUUAUCGGGGGAAUUCUCAGUCAAUUUCUGCGAGUGAUGGUGAAGCGGGUAAAGAAUCUGCAUUCUCUGCAUCUCGUCUUCCUCUACCUGGCCGCCCUGGGCAUCUUGGGCUGCACCCACUCCACCUGGCAGAUUUGCAGGCGCAGGUGUGAAGAGAAGAGAAUGUUUCUGGAAAGAGAUUUGUCCUUGCAUCAUUCAUUGGAGAUGAAUGAGAAGAUGAAGUCGCCGUGUGGUAGUCCCGUUGGCUCAGUUUAGAAAUGUUUAUUGUAAGUGCGUUCAUUGUGUUUAUUGUUAUGCACCUUGAGUCGGAUGUAGAAUGAAUCUGCUUAGUCAUGCUGGCUCAGGUCAAUGUUUUAUGUCAAUGUUAUGUAAAACAAAUCCUGUAAUGAUGAGCCAUUUGUGUUUGUGGUGUAAGUUUAAAGUUAGGUAAUGGUAUAGUGGUGAAGACAGCCUUCUUCAUUGUGACCAAGGAUUUUGUGAUUUUUUCAUUCAGGUGGAUUAACAUUUUCUAGCUGGGAUUACCUUUUUUUGUACGUCCUUAGGGUAGCAGACUUUGAGUGGCUCCUCGUGCCACUCAAAACACCACCUCAUUGCCAAAAUGCUCCCAACCUUUGUAACUGACGACAAACAACCACGUCAAUGAAACGGUGAAUAACAUCUGAAA